GGCGAUUUGAAUGCCCGGCGGUUUGGGUGGCUCGGUCGGCGCGGCCAUGGAUGGCAGCGAUCUGGAAAGCGGGCUGCUGAGGAACGGCUGGAGGUUCAGGCAAACCUUGGAGGGCAUUUUCCUGAAGUACAGUCAACCAUUUGAAGAUGACCUGAUUAUUAAUCUUGAGGAUAUGACUGUUGACACUAAAACAGGUCAGAAGCCAUGGCGUGCUGUUGAUUUAAGCUUCUGUAAACUGAGAAAACUAAAUAAAAAUAACUGCAAGAAAAAGUCUGGUAAACUGUGUGAAGCUGACGUAAGCCUGGAGCUGUCUGAUAAAGUGUGUGAAAUUGAUGUCACCCAGACACGAUCUGAAAAGCUGUCUAAGAUUGAUGUAAGCCUGGAGCAAUGCACCAGCUUAAGAAGUCAAGUGGGUCAGGCUACUGAAGUUUUGAAAGAUGGACAGUACACUGAAAGUAUAUCUAAGUUGCAAACCAGUGUCUCCAUGGGAGCCAUGAAUGUGGGUGAUAAAUAUGAGAUAGAUGUUGACAUGCUGGCUGUUAGCAACCCAAAUCUUGGGGAGCAAGUUAUGGUGGAAUGUGUUGGGAGGACUAAAGACAAUCCAUUGAUCACAUUUACGCCCACGUCGAAGUUGAAAAUUGGAUCAUCACCUAAUUUUCAUGACUGCAAUGAUGGCCUUCAGGAUACAAUCUCCAAAGAAUUAAAUCAUUCUUCAAAUUCUCAUCAUAAUGACAAAGAUAAUUCAAAGAUAGUAGCCUUGACCUCUAGCCAAAUGCCAGCUAAGCCACUUUGCAUACCUAGUAACACAGAAGUUAAUUUGCACAAGUUUGAGGAUAGCAGAUAUGAUACGAUGAAUUUGGAAGAAACCACACCUACUCGUGUUGAUCAAGCUCCAACGGAAAGUCCCAGUGAUUCUUCGGGUUUAAGUAACACAACACUUAUUGAUAUUUAUCCAAGUAUGGUAGCUUCAAUGAGUAACUUGCUUGAUCGCACCUACAAGAAAGAGGCUGCAUCAAGGUUAAUACAACGUUAUCGAUAUUUCCAGUUCAAUGUAUGUAAAUCAAAGACAAACACAACUCAAAAUGGAAUAAAGGUCAAAGUCAGGAUCGAUGGCCAGAAGUUAAAGAGGCUAAGAAGUCAUUCUGCUAUAAGAUUAAAAACCUGUGAUGGGUUCAAACAAAUGCAGAACAAAGCAAUUUCUCCAAAAAGUUCCAAAACCUCGCAAGAUAAUCUGGACGCAAAGUUUUCCCUUGCUGCUAAUGUAUCUCCGAGGACUGUGCUACAAACAAAUUUAACAUCUGAAACUGUUGGUUCGAAAUUUGGAAAUUUGUAUGAUGACUCAGCUUGUUGCCAGCCACUACCCGUAAGCCGUUGCAAUCCUCAAAGUCCAGUUGAAAUUGCAAGUUACUGCAACACAAGGAAUACUUCAGUUUUUAAUGUAUCCCCUUUGAAUGGGUCAGCUUGGACUAACUCCAGUAGCUUAAAAUCAUUGAGUUCAAAAUCCAAUGUAGCAAUAGUGGAAUCGCCAAGCUCAAGAAUCAACGUUAAUCAUUUACAAAAUGCAGCAGAAUGGCCAGUGAACAACAAUACAGUUACACAACCAGAUGCUGUAGUGGCAAAAUGCAGCCGAUCACCAUGUGCAAGGCUUUUGUGCUCAGUUAAUACUUCCUGCUGUAGUGGAAAGUAUAAACGGAGGCAUUCUAUUUCCUCUGCUUCUGUUCCAACCAAGUUGUGUUCUGUACAAAGCUUACUUAAAAUUAAACCAAACAAAACAGAUGCAUUUGAAUCACUGUAUCAAAGUUUGGUUCAGAAUCCAAUCUGCCUUUCAGCCUCAGUGACGCAUCCCAGUAUAUUAAAUGUCCGUUCUGUUCUCAGAAAAGAAAUAACAUCAGUGAGCUCUGUUACCUGCUUACCAUCCCAGUUAUCAAGGAAACGGGCUGCGUGUAUUGAUCAAGCAAAGGAAGCUUCACGAUUGCCGCUGAAGAGGUUUCGUUCCUUUCCAGAGUCUUCAAGCAUGACUCAGAAUAGUCAGGAUUACUACUGUACACAGAAUGGAUUUUAUUCUCCAAGAAGCAAGCAAAAUAGAGAGAAAAUCGCUGCAGAUGUGUUUAUUAAAUGGGAAAAUAAUCGACCCUAUUCUAAUUCUGCUACUGUUUUACCUGUAAUAAAUAGCUCUGGAAACACUGUGAGCUUAAGUUUAUCACCUCGACUUCACAACAGAGUAUGUCGAAAACUGGACUACAGUAUAACAAAAUGAACACACCAUUAUGAACUACUGUAACUUCAUAUUGUGAAACCUCUCCAGUGUUAACCUAAGCUUAUUGUUAAAUGUGUCUGCCUGUGUUAUCCGAUAAUGUUUUCCACUAUUUUAAGUGAAUUUAGAAGAAACUGUUUCAUUCUCUCCUUCUCUGGAAGGGUGGUACAAUCUCAUUUAUACUGGGGAGGGCAGAUAACCAGCCAAACAGUAAUUGUUUGUCUGUACCAGUUAGUGAAUAUAAAUGCUGCUUGGUGAUACAUUUUAAACCUUUGACUUAGUACUGACAAAAUGUAAACAAUAUUGUAAAAUCUGGACAGCAUAUUUAGAGUCUAAAAUGAUUAUCAACAUAUUUUCUCUUUAAAAUAUAGUCAUACUAAGUUAAUAUUGCAUUCCAUCUAUAUUUCGCGAUAUUAGUAAAUAAUAUUGCAGCUAAAAUAUCUCCCCAUUUGUUAAGUUUUAUAUUGAAAACAUGAAUUUUAUGCUUAACUGUUUGUUAGUACAUAAGCUACCUUUCUACUGAAUUAUUAAAAUAUCACGUGUUUAAUGAUUUUGCAAAAGUCUUCUCUUUGCCCAAAUAUUAAACUUGUGGAUAACAGUUCUGGCAUCCAGGCCCAAGAUGAUUCUGAGCAAAAUUCAGAAGAUUCAUUCAGAGAUAUUUAUCCUGUUUCAGAAUAUGAGUAGUACUUAAACAACAAAAUACACAGAACCUAGCAUAGAACGGUACAGCACAAGAAAAAGCCCUUCAGCAUGCAUUGUCUUUUCCGAACAUGAUGCCAAAUUAAACUGACCUCUUCUACCUGUAUGUGAACCAUAUUGCACCAUUCUCUGUAUAUUCUUGUGCAGAAAGCCUCUUAAAUGCUACUCAUAUCUGCUUAUACCAGUAUCACUUAAACAAAAAAAAAUGCCUCGCGUGUCCUUUAAACUUUACCCUCUCACUUUCAAUGCUUGUUCUUCAAUGUUUGAUAUUUCUACCUAAAAUUUGCCCCCACCCCACCCCACCCCUCCCCCCCCCAAUGAUCUAAUCCUUCAUAUCCCUUGUCAAUCAGAAUUCCCUAAUCCUAUCGGCCUGGACUGAAUGUAGACACUUCUCUAGAUGGGCAAUCUAUAUAUUGUUUCAGAAACCAUAGUGCGAGUGCUUGGAUUCUGCUCCAUCUGCAGGAAGCCCCAAUCAAUAUUAGGGAAGUUCAGAGCCCUGUUGGCAGGUGAUGGAGUAACAUCAUUUUAGUUUGCUCCUACCCUAUUUACUUUAUUGUCUCCUACCAGUUUUUUUUUUUUUUUUUGAAACCUUAUAAUACUUAAUACUGCUCUACUAUGGCUGGGAAAAGAACAAAAGCUUCUGCAAAAGAAAGAGAAACAGAAGACGAAUCCCCAGUCACUUUGGAUUCAAUCAGUGACUUCCUUAAACGGCAAAAAUCAGAAUUUUCCAAGGAGUUUCAACGACUUAAUGGCAAAUUGGAUACAGUCCAACAAACUUUAACUGAGCAUGAGAACCGAAUUCAGGAAAAUACUGCAAAGCUGGUAACACUUGAAGAUACAUUUAAACUCUGCAAAGAGUUAUCUUUAUCCAAUGAAAAAAAUGAUGAAAAUAGAAAUAACUUGUGAAUUCUGGGUCUUGAAGAAUCAAUUGAAGGCACUAACCCUACGAAGUUCUUUGCAAACAUUCUGAAAUAGCUAUUCCCUGUUCUAUUCACUUCUGAGCCGAGGCUUGAUCGAGCAUAUCGCUCGCUGACUUCAAAGCCAUUGUCGUCGGCAGCAAGACCCAGGUCGGUCAUUCUAAGUUUUCAUGAAUUUCGUAUUAAGGACCUUUUAAUUCGCCAUACCCGUCGACAAGGAAUGAUGGAUUUCCAUGAUUACAAGGUCAGAUUUGUGGAAGAUUAUUUGCCUGAAGUUAUGGCUGAUCGUAUGAAAUAUAAAGAAGUUAUGUCGGAACUUUAUAAUAAAGGAUUUAAACCAUCCCUUUGGUUUCCCGUCCAUCUGAGUAUUGUUUUGAAGAAUGGAUUGCGAAAAAGAACAAAGUCGGUUGAAGACGCAAAAGUUUCUGAAGGAUGAAGUCUAAAACUGUUAUAUUUCUUAGUUGAUCAAUUUCUUUCCUCUGUUGAUAUGAAUUUGAAAUAAGGUUUCAAUAAGCUUACAUUUUGGCUGUUCAUAUUUUGUCUUUUGUAUUUUUGGAUAAUUUUUUAUUAUAUCCCUUUUUGAGGUUUUAUUUUAAUAUAGCUUUCUUUGAAUUUGUUUAAACUGAUCCUUUUAUAUUUUCAAAUACUGAGUUAUUUUUCUUUUUAUGUUGUGUCU